GAUCAUUCGCUCUUGAAAGUGUGAAGCAAGAGGUUGUGUCUUUCGUAGCAAGAGAACCAUUAAAAUUCAAAAUGGAAUCAUUAAAUAAGAUUUUACAAGAUUUUUCGCUUAAUGUUAACUAUGCCAAUUAUACGAAUAAAUACCAACGGGUAUCUUUUAUACUGAAUGAUAUUAAAAAAUUGCGAUACCUGGAAGUUAUAGGCAGUCCAGAGGAGAGUGUGAAACAAAUAAGUGACUACGAAUAUGACAUAUAUAUGAAAUUAAACGUUCCUUUUCAUGUGAAGCCUAUAAAAGAUGAUCAGUUUCCAGGAUUUGUGAUGCUUUUUGCAGGGGAUGGAGUUGAGCAUAAAGCCGUAGUGAACGGCUAUGUUAACCGCAAAGCCUUGGAAGACUGGCUCAAACUUGAAAAUGGAGGCUCUUUGAAAAUUCAAAAAGUUAUAAAUGAGGUAGAAACUACUUUUAAUAUUAAGCCAGUUUUUGAAUUCAACUACACCGAUUGGGUUUUGCCGGAGCCUGGAUUACCAGAUAUUAUCUAUAAAACGCAGCCGUGGUAUGCUUUACCGCAGGCGGUUGUACCUUUCGAUUCGCGAACUUUUUUGGUAUGGAUGCCGCACUGGGAAAAUAUGCUAAUGCGUAUAAACAAUUCCCAAAAUGUAUUCUACAUAAUGAAGGAGUUGUGUUACGUCAACCAGAUGUCAGAGCUAUCAGACGAAAUCCUGAAGAAGGUCAUAUUAAAGCAAUUACCGCUGAAAUCUUCAUGCACUUUGGUUGAUUUCCUGAUAGACAUGUGGAGGAAAUUAUGCGAUUAUUUGAAGGAAGCCAACUUGCCCAAUUUCGUGCUCAACAAUUUAAACCAAUUUCGACAUCUGAAGGAAGAGACUAUUGAGGCUUAUCUACAUGAAGCACUUAAUAUUUUGGCAUCGCUCGAAAAAUGUAAGGCUGGUUCCUCUCAAGCUCUCAAACAGUUAGGAGGAAUAAUGUUGUAUCGCAAAUGAGAUUUAAAAGCACAUCUUGGAAAUGUUCAUUACAAUUUCUUUCUUUUUAAUUUAAAUAAAAAUGCCUAUUAUUGGAAUA